AUGAAUUUUAUAUUUAGAAAUACUGUAAAUUUAUCUAAAAGUAAACCAUUUAAUAAGCAGAUUAGCAAUUCUGUAAAUAGGUUGGCCAACUUAAAUAAAAGAAAAAUUACAAACAUAAACAACAUUGGAAAAUAUGAUCAGAGGUUACAAACAAAUUUCAGUGCUAUUAAUAAAAGAACAUUUUCUUCAAGUGAAUCUCAAAAAUUGUUGGAAGUUGUGAAAGCAGAGGUACAACAUGAAAAAUCCAAUUAUGAAGCACCAGAAAAUAUCAAAAAGUUUUUACAAACAUCAGGAUGGAAAUAUGAGGAACAAGAAGGAGAUGUAAAUAUGGUGUUGACCAAAAAUGUAGAUGGAAUGAAAAUUAUUGUUGAUUUUCAGCUUGUUUCUCCAUUUCAAGCAGAAGGAGAAAAUGAAGCUCAGGCAGAAAUGACCGAUUUCUCAGUAACAGUUGAAAAACCAAACAAACAAGGAGGUAUCACUUUUUAUUGUACUACCUUACAGAAUGAUGAAAAAUUUAGAUAUAUGAUAGGGAACGUCAAAUAUUAUAAAAAUGAAGAAGGAAAAAAUUCUGUGUCAUCAUAUAAUGGACCUGAAUUUGAAGAUUUGGAUGACUCAUUACAAACUUCACUUGAUGAAUGGUUAGCUAAUUUGGGAGUAGACUCAGAAUUGUGUGAUUUUAUUGAUUCAUGCAGUAUUGAUAAAGAACAAAGAGAAUAUAUGUCUUGGCUACAAAACAUUUCUAAUUUCAUUGAAUCUUAA